AUGUCGGAAUUAAAAGAGUUAGCAGGAUUUUUGCAUGAUCAGAAUCCACAGGUGAGAAUGCUGGCUACUCAGCAUUUACUCCCUUAUACUGCAAGGAAUAGCCCUCAAUUUGAUAUUUGGUUUAACAAUAACUGUGAACCUGUGAAGGAUUUGAAGGCUUUAUUGAAGGAUAAACCGCAGAUUGCUAGCCAAGCCAUUACCGCGUUGGUAAACGUAUCUCAGAAUGCCUCAGUUCGGAGAGUUUUGAUGGACGAGGAAUUUCUAAAUCUUGUUUUUGGCAUUAUCACUAAUCCUGUGCACGGUCUCGCCGAUUUGUCAUGUAUGGUUCUGUGCAAUUUAGCUAAGGAGGAAGAUUUUGUUCGCAUCUUAGACAUGAAGGUUCCUCUUCGCGAGUUUUCUCUUAGUAGAAAUAUUAUUGAUCAAUUGAUGGACCUUUUUGUAAAGGGAACAAAUCAUGGUAUAAAUAAAUAUGCGAACUUUGACUUCCUUGCCAAUGUGUUUGCAGAUAUGACUCGUUUUGAAAAAGGAAGGAAGUAUUUCACUACAAUCCAAGAAUAUGACAAUGUUUAUCCUGUGUCUAAAUUGAUUGUCUUUACGGAACAUAACUCUAUGUUGCGGCGCACAGGUGUAUCAGCUAUCAUAAAAAAUAUUUGCUUUGAUGCACCUUUUCACAAAACGCUUAUGGACGAAGAAGGCGUAAAUUUGCUUCCCUAUCUUUUCCUUCCCUUGGCUGGUCCAGAAGACUUGGAUGAAGAAGAUAUGGAGGGCAUGUUUGAUGAAUUGCAAUUGCUUCCCGAUGACAAGAAGCGUGAACCUGAUAUGUUUAUAAUGAAAACGCAUGUCGAAUCUUUAAUUUUGCUUUGUGCAACCCAUGAAGGAAGAGAACACUUGAGAAGUCGCAAAGUGUAUCCUAUUAUUCGUGAACUGCAUCUUCACGUUGAGGACGAGGAUCUUCAAGCCCUUUGUGAUCAAUUGGUUCAGUUGCUCGUCCGUGAUGAAGCUACUGAAGAAGUAGAAAAAGCUACUGAAAACCCACCUGACGAGGAAGACGCUAUUAUAGAAGUCGAUUAG